AUGCGUACACUUGAACAGCUUCCUUUUUGUGUACAAAACGACAUUAGCAAGUAUCUAAGUGCCACGGAUAUUGUGCUGAUUGCUGAUACUUUUCCAACACUCAGGUGGCUGAAGAGAUCAGAUAAUUGCAAAAGACAAUUCCGUGAAUACGUUCACAACAUUGAGUGGGUGGAUUUGACAUUCUAUGAUUCAAUUAAGGAUGGAUAUCUGCAGGCAAAUACGGAGGCGCUCGUUAAUGUUAUGACUCAGUAUAACAAUUCGCCGGUAUCUUAUCCCACGUCCAAAACUAAAAAGAUCUGUGUAGUGGCCAACACAGGAUCGAUAAAGACGUUGUUAUUAAAUUCUUUAACGCAUUUUCACCACCUUCAAAAUAAUGAUUUUACCAUUAUGGAGAGAAAAUCAAGGAAAACGAAGGUCACUCUUCAUUCGCAGCGUAUUAAGAUUUAUGUCUACGAUAAGUAUAGCAGUAAUUGUCAUUGCCGAGACCGAAAUUGCCUUCAUCCAUCAAGGGUCAAGAAAUAUGACAGUUUCAUUAUUGAUAUUGACAAAUUUUCAGGAAGAGGAAUCAGGCGGGAUGUCUUUUUUCAGUUCAUGAAGAGAGAUGAAACAGGUCUUAUCAUCCCCAACGUUAUAUAUAUUUAUAGUACCUUUUUACUCAUACCUAGAAAUCUCCAAUACUGUGACGGCCUUGCUAAUGUACUUGGAAUUAUUUUGGAGGCUAAAGACGAAGAUAUACUUGUCAGUAGACGCUUGUCUGUUUGGCGGCCGCAAAUAGAAAAUGAAAUUUUAAUGAACUUUCUCGAAAUUUUAGAGCGUGCCAUUGAAAACGAGCAAGAAGAGAACAAAAGUCAUCCCACUGUAUCAAGUUGUACAAUUCUUUAA